CCGCUCAGGCACCAACAGACAUCCCCUUCCCUCGGAGAAUGCAACCAACGCUGGCGCCGCCGCAGCAGCCGCGGGAGAAGGAGGCCGGGCCUAGGGGCCCGCGGGGGCGAGCGGGAAAGGGCGCGCAGGGCGCAGGGGCCGGUGAGAAGCGCGCCAAAGGGGCGGCCGCGGCGGAGCCCCCCAGGCCGGGCUGGGCCUUGACGCUGGAGGGGCUGGCUGCCAUGGGCCCCGGGCAACGCCACAGCCACCUGCUCUUCGGCGACCUGCUUGAGGACGUGGGCGCGGCCGCUUCCGUCUUCCCGUGCGACUCGUUGGAGCUGGGGUACCGCAUGCCUGACCCGCGCGCGUGGACGCAGCCCCUCGAGCGGCCGGCGGAGCGCCAGGACCGGCUCCUCGGCGUCCUCAAAGCAGCCGAGGCCCGAGGACGAGUCCGCGCCUUACGACUGCGCUACGCCCGCAUGCGGGCCGAGGAAAUCUCGCUCCUCAUCCUGCGGCAGAAGUCCGCGCGCGCCGCCAUCCGGCUGGAGCUGUUCCUGCCGCCGCAGCUGAAGCCCACGCGAAUCCCGGAUCCCCUGGACCGUCAAGAGCGGAGGCGCGUGGAGACCAUCCUGGAGGAGACAGUCGACGGCACCAUCUUCCCACGUUGACGGAUAUCCCGAAGUGCCCGGCCGGCCGC